AUGGAAGGUAAAGGUGACCUGAGCAGUGAGAAGGCACCUGAGAUGAUCAAACCCACAAGGAAAGCCUUCAUCAAAACCCAGGGAUUCGGAAGAACAACUGUUGCUAAGCGAGAGAGUGUGGGAGAUGUGGAGGCAGGCUCACAGGGGCAGCAGCCCCCACAGCAGCACAGCCUGGCCUUGGGACGCAGUGGGACAUGGCCACAGUGCACCGAGCCAGUGGAGGAAUCCCUUACAAUAGUUCAGCGCCGAGGAAGGAAGAAUGCUCAUGUCUCCUUUGAAGAUUCCAGUGAGCCAAUGUCUUGUCCAGUCCCAGAUGUUGAAACUGCCUUGGAAGAGAGGAUAGGAAGUACCUCUGAGAUGAAAAGUGGCCCCCACUCUGGUUCCUUGAGUGUACAGGAGCGACCUGCCUCUUCUGGAAAGGCCACAGGAAGCAAGGAGAAGGAGGACACCUCCGACAAUGACAGUGAUGGCCUGACUUUGAAGGAGCUUCAGAAUCGCCUUUGGGGAAAGCGAGAGCAAGAGCCACCUGACAGGCCCCUGAAAGGCAUCGAGAAUCACCUGAGAAAGAAGCAUCGGGAGGAGAAUCCCACAGAAACUGUGCAUGUCGAGGCAGGAACUACUGUCGAGAAUGCUCUGCCCAGCAAGCAAGAGCCAGAGACUGUCCAGAGGGUUGUGUCCCAGGCAGUGACCAAUGACCAAGAGAGUCAGCGGGAGAGGGCAGCAGCUCAGCAAGUGAAAGGUGAAGAGAGCAGGGACUCGGGCAAGCCUAAGCCUGAAUGUGAGCUGCACGACCCCAACACCCUGGACCGCAUGUGUCUCCAGCCUCGUAACAACAGGUUUAUGAGUUGCUGUGACCGAUGUGAAGAACGGUUUCGUGGCAAUUCUGGGGGUGCUUCUCAGGCUCGAGGAAGGCUUUUGGAAAGGAACAGGGAAGAUUAUAUCUGCCCAAACUGCACCGUUCUGCAAGGGCAGGAUGAGACUAAGGCAGAAACCACAGAUCAUCAGGAAACUAAAUUUAGACCUGGAGAUGCUGAUGACACAGAGUUUACAAGUACAGGAAAAGUGGAGCAAAAAUCUAGUGAAGACCGAAAGAUAAAGAGGAGAGUUGAGAAAGCUGCAAAUCCAAGUGGCAAGAAAAAACUCAAGCUUUGCCAGCCUGUGGUAGAGGCUCCAGGCACCUCCAGGUGUACCAGACCUGGGCGCUCCACUGUGGUGCAGCCCAACCUGGCCUACUGCAGCAAGGACCGCAUUCUUAAACAUGCUGCAGCUACUAUGAAAUGCUUAAGUUCAGGCAAAGAACAGAAGCCAAAACCUAAGGAGAAGAUCAAGAUGAAGCCAGAGAAGCUCCGUCUUGCACAGUAUAGUGUUCAGGGAGGCAUUAAAAGCUCUUCUCUGCACAAGAGACCAGCUCCAGAAAAAAAAGAAGGCACAGUGAAGAAGGCGGUGGUGGCUUUUUCUAGGAGCAAAUCCCUCGGGAAGGAGAUAACUUGUGAAAGCAGCAUGCCGUCCUGGGCAAGCAACCAGAAUUACAGUGCAGUAAAGCUGGAAAAGACUUCCACUGUCUCGUCAUCACUGUUGUGCAAACGUAUGUAUCACCUGGGGGCUGGCCUCCUGGACCCCUCCCACUCUUUCCAGAUAGCCGUUUCCUGA